AUGCAAUGGGCUGUCAACGCCCUCAAGGACAACUGGAUCCUGGACUCAGGAUCAAACGUCCACAUUACCAGUGAUAGGAACGCGUUGUUUGACAUGAGAACUCCUAGCAUUGCCACAGAGAUUGUGACAGGAACAGGCCACUGUGUAGCAGGCGCAGUUGGUUCUGUAACCACCAAGGAUAACACGCCUGUUGGCCUGGAAACAAUGACGAUUACGGACGUGAUUCAUGUGCCAGGCUUCAUGACCAACAUCGCGUCCUUGUCAAGGCUGAUAGCAAAGGCGUUCACUUCAGCACUGCGACUAGUCAAUUGA